CACAGAACUGUGGGAGCAGCUUUGGACAAUGGGCACAAGAGGGGAAACUCUCAUUGGUCAUGUGGAUGCCCAUGCCCCUCUGAUCUCUCCUGAAAGGCUUUAUAACCAACAAGCUGAUCUAAUAGCUGCUGUUCGAGAACUUAACCUGGAAAAAGCCUUGGUAGCAAGUGAAGACCUGUGCACUUAUGCUGACGUAAACGUAAUCGAGCCUUCCUUAAUUUCAUUAGCAAGGUGGGCUCAUGAAACAUCAGGACACAUGGGAACAGAGAAAACAUAUCAAUGGUGUCAUCAGCGAUGUAUUCCAGUCACUAUUGAUAUUGUUAAACAAAUAGUGAACAAUUGCUCCACAUGUACAGAAGUAAAACACUGGCCCCUACAGAAGAAGGCAACUGGUAAGCUGAAGAGAGGAAUGGGACCAGGACAAAUUUGGCAGGUGGAUUACAUUGGGCCACUGCCACGAGAAAAUAGACUAUUAUAUGCUUUAACUGCAGUAGAUACCUAUUCUGGACUGUUACAAGCUUAUCCAUCAACAAGAGCUGACCAGAAAGCUACACUGAAUGGACUGAGCCAGUUAAUCCAAGCAUAUGGAGUGCCUGAAGAAAUCCAAAGUGAUCAGGGAAGCCACUUUGCUGGAAGAGACGUACAAGAGUGGGCUCAAGGAGCUGGCAUUCAAUGGACCCUGCAUAUCCCGUAUCACCCACAGGCUGCAGGACUUAUUGAGAGAAUGAAUGGCCUGUUGAAAGAACAAGUUAAAAAACUUACUGGGCAUAAUCAUCUUAAAGGCUGGACUAAAGUAUUAAAGCAAGCCUUAUUUAAUCUCAAUAAUCGUCCGUUGGCUGGGUCCACACCUUUUAUGAGACAUCAAAAUGUCGGAGGAGAGCCACCUGUGUGUGCCCUCCGCCUGACAACAACUAGUCCACUGGCAAACAACGAAUUAACUCCCACCGGGUUAUUGGUUAGGGCACCUAAAUCACUUACACUCAAAUUAAAUUCCUCAGACAAACUCAGCUUGGGUAUAACAGGUCAGUGGCCAAAGGAAUGGGAGGUGAGAAUAAACAUUGAAAUGCUUGUAACAGAUGAAUGUUUAACAGGGACAUUAGAGAUCUGUGUAAAUGAAUGGUAUUUAGCUUUAGAAAAUCAAGGCAGUAAAGACAUACACAUAGCUGAAGGACAGGCCAUAUGUAAAUUGCACAUAGACAAAGUCACACCUGUUUCAGUCAGUAUUGCGCAGUUUAAAGGAGAAAUUGGAGGGAAGGUAUGGGUUUUAACCCCAGGGCAAAAGCCAAGGGCAGGAGAAAUAAUAACUGCAGGACCAGGAGACACUAGAAUGGUUCUUUUAACGGGCUCUCAGUCGCCCCUCUGCUUUCCCUUACACAGAUUAUCCUCACGUGUGGAAUAAUCGGGAUAGAUGGUUUCUGGACCGGAUGGAGCCGAUGCACCCCCUAUAACAAAGUCAUUUGGGCUGCUGCUACGCCAGAAAUGGAAAGGCAUGUAACCUUGAAUUUCACCCUUACCAAGAACUGUACCUGGCAGCUACGAGACAAGACAUCUACGCCUCCAUUUCACAUGAAACUGGAAUAUCCUGACCUGUUACCUUUACCUGUGAGGACCUAUGAAGACACUGAAAUAACUGUGACUGUGCAUAAUAACGCAUCUGUCUGGCUGGCUAUGAUGAACUGUAAACCGGAUUCCAAUGGACUAUCAUGUUGGACUAUUGAAGGGGGGCAACAAAUGACUGCAAUAGCAACACCUGAAAAUGAUGUAAUAUUAUAUGUGUUUAAACAGGAAGCAACAACAAAUGUAAAGGUACCAGUAAUGUUAUGGGAAAUUCACAAGACUAGGAGAGGGAAUGGUUAUCCAUUUGAUGCAACAUUACUGAGACAAAUGAAGGGUUGUAAAAAAGCUAGGAUAGCUCAUAAAAUAAUUACUGUAGCACUUAACAUUAAUGUUAGUGGGUUUGAUAUAAAACGUCACGAGUUUCCAAGAAAAGAACACAUAUUACCACGCAGUACAGGUGCAACAUAUAAUUGUAGAAAUAUACAAUCCUAUGGCCUCCUCAUAAGGUAGAAAUAAAACGAAGGCCAAAACGAGACAUGUGGGGAGCUAUAGGAACUGGAUUAGGUAUAGGAGGUUUAGGUUUAGGAUCUCUUAAUACUGCUGAUAUAGCAGCAAUAUAUCACAAAAUAUCAUCUAUUGGUGUGAAACAAGCCAAUAGUUUGCAAACUUUGGCUCAUUGGGGGCCUGAGUUGGCAGACAGGCAUAUACAGGAGUUGCUAGUAUGGAAGGCCCACCAUGGGUGGUUAAAUGAGUCCUUAUGGACUGGUUUACAAAGUCAAUGGGCCAUAGAUGAAGAAUCAGCUUGCUAUUUAAAACAGAUUAUUGCCAUACAGCAGUAUUUAAAUUUUAAGACAGAUUGGGGCUUAAAAAACCCCCAACAUUGGAAAAAAGAAUUAAAAUUACCAGCAGACUGGUGGUUGCAGCCUAAGUCCUUCAUGUGCGAGGCAUCAAUAUGCCAAGCUGUAUUUCAGGUAGCAACCACUGUUGAAGAAGACAAUGUUUGGUGUCCGUUUCAUGUUUUACCUGUGUUACUAGGAGGAACAUGGUGGACACCCAUAGUAGAUAGACACUGGAUAGACUUAAAUAAUAAUACUGUUGAACCUGCCUUUUGUUAUAACUGGCAAGAAGGGUUCGUAUGUCAAAGGGUGGGUACAUUGCCACACCCCUGUUUGCAUCCUUUAGCUGGGGACUGUUAUUGGCGCCAAAUAGCAGUAAACUCCACUGAAGUGUUUCAAACUGAUACCACUUCUGCAUGUGCAGUGACAGUAAAUAACAUCACUUGGAGUGAUGGUACCUACUACGAGGGCCCAGGGUAUCCUGUCGCACCAAUGUGAGUAAUAUACGAGAUGACUAUUAUGGAAGAACCUACAUGUUAACUACAUGGGAGAAUAUACAUUGGGAAGCAGAAGCUAACCCAUCUCUGGAUUUACAUUUUGCCUACGAAAUAGAACUACCUAAAUAUAAAGCGAUUUUAGAGCAUGCUAAACAAUAUGAACAUCUUUUUAAUGUAACGUUACAUAAAGCAAGGGACCUACUAGUAAGAUUGAAAA